AUGUUGGUGACGAUACUGUUGGAUGACGCUUACGCUGGAAAUGCAACAUUGAACCUUUUCGCGCUACGUCACCUGUUGUUAUCGAGAUUGCUGAUGGUGAUGAGUUGUCAGCGACAGAGGCGAUUUGUUCACACCGUCGAAGGAGAACAAUCGUUGCGGAAGGUCGCUCCACCUCGCCCUCGACUUCGAAUGACGUCCCGCCGCGUUUGUGGCUGCCGGUGUGGAGAGGGAAAACAUGCGGCGCUGGUGUUGUCCUCUGGUAGUGGCUCCGGGCCAUCCGAACCGGGCGUCAUGGCUCAAUCUACUGACGCCAUGCAUGCUGCCAUUAGGGAUUUCGCUGGGACGGACUCCGCAUCUUAUCUUAGACUGGGCGAGCUUGGUUUUGCUGAUCUCCACCAAUUCUGUUCUGAGGAGGAGGACGAUGUUCCAGACGAAGGCGUUGAGGGCAGCGUGUGA